UGACCUGAUUGGUUGUCAGAGGAAGUAGGGCUCGGUGAUCUCAGCUGAAUCCGGAACCAAGCCCUGAUCGAAGGGCGAGAAUUUGUUUCUUCAGCUGAAUCAUAUGCAAGUAUAAAAUAAACUUUUAGCUCAACAUCAAAGCCAAGCCUUCCGCCUCAAACAUGUCCUACGGUAAAGCGGAGUUCCGCCCUGUCCCGAGGGACUUUGGCUCCCUUAUUCAGACAUGCAGCUCCAACAUCCAGAAGAUCACACAGAACACCGCACAGAUUAAGACCAUGGUGAACCAGCAAGGGACAAGGCAAGACUCCAGUGAACUUCACGAUCGUCUGCAGCAGAUCCAGCACUACACUAACCAGCUUGCGAAGGAAACCAACAAACACCUUAAAGAACUAGGCUCUGUCCCUGCGCCUCUAUCCCCCUCUGAACAGAGGCAGCAGAAGAUUCAGAGAGACCGGCUCAUGAGUGAUUUCUCUGCGGCGCUCAACAACUUCCAGGCGGUUCAGCGACACGCAGCCGAGAAAGAGCGGGAGUCCAUAGCCAGAGCCAGAGCGGGAUCCCGCCUCUCAAAUGAAGAUGGUUUUCGGGAUGAAAAGCUGGUUUCUUUUGAUAACCAGGAGGACGUGGGUCAGAUGACGAUCCAAACUGAAGAUGUUGCCAUCACAGAGGAGGACCUGGAGCUGAUCAGAGAAAGAGAAACCAACAUCCGACAGCUGGAGUCCGACAUCAUGGAUGUAAACCAGAUCUUUAAGGACUUGGCGGUAAUGAUUCACGACCAAGGAGAGAUGGUUGACAGCAUAGAAGCGAAUGUGGAGAGCGCUGAGGUUCACGUAGAGCGAGGAAGGGACCAGCUACAGAGAGCGGUACACUAUCAGCAAAAGUCUCGAAAGAAGAUGUGCAUCUUUGCCAUGGUCUGCUCCCUUAUCCUCCUCGUCCUUGCCCUCCUUAUCUGGUGGGCGUGCAAGUGAGCUGAAGUCCCACAUUCGGUGGUUGAACACUCCAUUUUAGCCCCGCCCCCUUUCCACCUUAUAGCAUUCAAUUGGAACGGCAAGAAAGCUGGAAAGCCGUCAGCACAGCAGGGGGUUUGUGCCACAGUCAACGUGAACAUUUCAUCUGAAAGGAUCCAGUCCGUUUAUUUGUAAAGUAGUUAAAGAAUCUAUUUUGUCUGAUUGAAGAAGGAACAGACAACAGAAUACUGUCUAAUUUAUGAAAGUCCUUAAAUGUACUUACACCUCCCUUGUCUUAUUUACCACACUAAUGCUAUUUACUAAUGUAUUUUUAAUGAUAACUGAAAUAAUGCAUCUUGUUUAGGUGAUUUAUUUCUUCUCUGUUUUGUUUCCUCUGCUGCUUUAAGAAAGCUCCAGGUCUGGCUAUGCUUUGUUUCUUUCAUUAUAACAGCGUCUAAUAGCGGUCGGUUGUACAUGUUGUAAAUGAUAAACAUCCAUGUCUGUUUUCAGCACUGAACUAGAAAGGCUGUUGUUUUCAUAUGCGGUGUAUAAAAUGGAUUUCUGUGACUCCCUACAGUAUGCACAAUAAACAUCAUAAGCGCUCAUA